CAAGCCUAUCUGCGGUCAUACAGCGGAAAAAUGUCGAAGGCGCGCGUCGCUCGCGUUUGUUGAGUUAUAAUUCCAAAGGAAAACGAAUUUGCAACAAGUGCGGUGAUCUUGGUUAUUCUUUGCGCAUAGCCCUCAUUGAAAUCAUAGUCUGUGAAAAGUGAAUUUUGUUUUCCAAUUUGAUUUGAUCAGCCGCCCGACUUAUGCGCAACACUUGCAUUUCCCUGCGCUCUUGGCUUUUUUCGACGCGGCCGUCGACUGCGCAGCUGCCGCGACGAGAAAUGUGCAACAAGUUAAACAGCAACUACAUAGCAGCAACACAUCGACAAAGCUAACAAAUAUUUAAUUGCAAGCUUAAUUUAAUUAGCAGCCCCACAGUGCAGUGCAGUGCAAAAAAACGGAAAAGGAAAAAGGAGGAAAACGCUCCCACCUGGAAUUCAAAGCUGGAUAAAUUGGAUUAAACCGGGCGACAAGGAAUUAAAGAUAGUUUAUAGCCCUAACGAAACCUAAACGACGUCACACUGGAGUCACAACACGAUCUAUUUUCCUGAACUGACACGUGACUUCCCCCACCCUGAAUAUAACCUGCACAGUAUGUCACAUGAUAAGAAGAUGUUAGAUCGCGAGGCAGUACGUUCAGUGAUACAGCAAUGGAAUGCCAAUCGUUUAGAUCUUUUUGCGCUCUCCGAGCCAGACGAGAACCUGCUCUUCCAUGGCGUCAUGCGCUUCUACUUCCAAGAUGCUGGCCAGAAAGUGGCCACCAAAUGCAUUCGCGUGGCUUCGGACGCCACCGUCACAGAUGUCAUAGACACACUCAUUGAAAAAUUCCGCCCCGAUAUGCGGAUGCUAUCCGUGCCUAACUACGCCCUUUACGAAGUUCAUGCUAAUGGUGAGGAGCGUCGGCUUAAUGCCGAUGAGAAGCCACUGCUAGUGCAGCUGAAUUGGCAUAUUGACGAUCGGGAAGGUCGAUUCCUGCUUAAGAACAUAGACCAGAAGACCACUCCCAUCGAGCAGACAGAUCUAAACUUUAAGAGAAAACUUUCGAAGCGGGAAAAAAAAGAACAGAAGAAAAAAGAGAAGAUGUCAAAGCUGAGCUCCGAUCUGCCCAACUCCAGUGCCAGUCAUCUGAGCUUGGGAAAUGGUGUUGGAGCCUCCUCGGGAUCUGCUCACAUGAAUGGCAACGCCGGUGAAAGCGGCGGCGACGGCAGCGAUGCCGUAGCAGGAAAAUUGUACACGGAACUGCCAGAAACCUCGUUCACCCGAUCGAUCUCAAACCCGGAGGCCGUGAUGCGGCGCCGACGACAGCAGAAGCUCGAAAAGAAGCUGCAGCAGUUCCGUUCUAGGGAUGGUGGUCCGGAUACCGGUGGCACGUUGAAGAUUUACGGCGAAAGCCUUUGUCAGGACGUGCCCUACAAAACGCUGUUGCUUUCCAUCCGGGACUGUGCGCAGGCUGUUGUUCGGGAAAUGCUCGCAAAAUACGGUCUAGAAAGGGCCGAUCCUCUGCACUAUUGCCUGGUUCAGGUUAACAGCGACGGAACAGAAUAUAUACUCGACGACGACGAGUGCCCGCUAUCGAUACUAAUGAACCAUCCUACGUCGCGCGGCUCUAUUAUGUUCCAUGUACGGAGACGUCCGGCGGACUCACAGCCCCGGAGACGAAAGAAAAAACCACUGGGGGCAGCAAAUGGAGCCAACCACAUAUCCGGAGAUCGUGAGGGACCCGUCCUAGUAGAAGUGACUCACAGCGGCGACGGCGGUCGGCGGAUUAAGUUGGGUAGCGACCCGGUGGAGGUGGGGUCGGCCAACACUAACUGCCUGCAGCUAUUCGGACCCUCAAUCCAGCCGAGGCACUGUCUCAUUUCACUGCUGGAGGGGGUUUGCACCGUGACCCCGCUGCACACCGAUGCCCUGACCUUUGUCAACGGUCACCACAUUAGUCAACCGACCAUUCUGCAUAACGGAUCGGUUGUAAUGUUCGGACGGGUGGCCUCGUACCGAUUCCUCGAUUCUCCCACCGAUGGGCGCUACAACCUGGCCCUGUCGCAAUCCCAGCUGGACUCGGCAUGUCUCUACGAAAGCCGCUCUCCCACUUCCCCGGGAUCCUGGAAUGAUGAGGAUGGAGGCUUGAAUUCGACUCACAAAGGCGACUACGAUCACCACCAGCAAGCGAACCAUUCCAGCGCCUACCACAAUAAUAAUAACUCCAGUGAUCAUCCCCUGAGCAGCACGCUGCGGGACGUGGUCGACAGCAAGGCAGGACAGGAUCAGGGCGCCAAUUCUGGCAACUACGACGGUCAAAGCCUGGAGGGUAACCUGGAGAACGAAACCAAGUCAAUUUCCAGCUUGAAGUCAGGUGGUUCCAACAGUCAAGAUCGGUCGCCCAAAAUGACCGGCUCUGGCAUUUUGGCCGGAGGUGGCAGCGGCUCUGGCGACACCCAGGGACAGGAGCCCAUCCUGCCGGCUGUCCUAGAGUUCCCCGAAACUCACCAGGAACUUUUCCUGCGUCACAUUAUCACCGAACUGGACGUAAACGUUCCGCACUUUAAGCUGGCACCCGUUUACUCGCUGUACCUGUGUGCUAGAUAUCGAGCGUCUACACACUACCGCCCGGAGUUACAGCCCACGGAGCGUGCUCACAAGCUGACCAUGUUCCUGCACCAUGUGUCUAAUCUGGUCUACAGCGUAGUCCAGGAGCAGUACACAGAUCCCCGAAUCUUAGCCUUUUGGAUGGCAAACAGCUCGGAGUUCCUGCAUUUCCUGAAAUCAGAUCGCCACAUAAGCGCAUUUAGCGUUCAGGCUCAAGAGGUUUUAGCCGAGGCCGUGCAGACUGCGUUUCGAAACGUGGUCAACUGCUUCCGAUUGGAACUCUCGCAAACCCUCAACCAGUUUCUUUCCGAGAACAUUGAUCACGACUCCGCGGCGGGUCUCGUACUGACCGUCCUGGGAUCGGCAAUGGCCCUUCUUAGAAGAUGCCGUGUAAAUGCAGCCCUAACGAUCCAGUUGUUUUCGCAGCUGUUCCACUACAUCAAUGUCAUAUGUUUCAAUACGAUUGUGGCCAACUCUCAAAUGUGCACAGCUGACUGGGGAAAGGUAAUGACGGAGCGGCUUCAGUUGCUGGAGCUGUGGGCAGAACGGCAAGGAUUGGAAUUAGCGGCGGAUUGCCAUUUGGCCAAGAUUAAUCAGUGUGCUCAGUUUUUGCAAGCACCGAAAUCCUCUGUGGAGGAGAUCCAGCAGUUAGCCUGUUCCUGCUUUCGUUUAAACUCUCUUCAAAUGUCUGCGCUUCUGCAGCAGGAAAAGCUUCCCCGCAACCUUGUUGAUACGGCAAUUAGGAUGGCGGAAUCUGUGGCUGACGAACUAACCCGUGCUGAUGGACGGGAGGUUCGGUUGGAAGAAUCUCCAGAGCUUCAUUUGGCGCUUCUGCUUCCCGACGAUGGAUUCAGCUGUGAUGUGGUGCGAGGCAUUCCCACUGGUCUCGUUGACUUCCUCAACCCUCUCCAGCAGCAGGGCAUGUGCCGUCUGGCUGCCCAGCCCACCUCCAUUGGCCUUUGGACGGUCUAUAUGCAUCAGUUUAAUGCUCGCAGUUCCAGUGCCAUGUCCAACAAACUUUCGCAACCGGAAUUGCAGCUCAUCAAGCUACACAAGAACAGCAACGGCAUGGGCUUAUCCAUCGUCGCUGCCAAGGGAGCUGGUCAGGAGAAGCUGGGUAUCUACAUCAAGAGUGUGGUGCCUGGCGGUGCGGCAGAUGCAGAUGGACGUCUGCAAGCUGGUGAUCAGCUGCUGCGCGUGGAUGGACAGAGUUUGAUUGGCAUCACCCAAGAGAGGGCUGCGGACUACCUAGUGCGAACAGGUCCUGUAGUCAGCUUGGAAGUGGCGAAGCAGGGAGCCAUCUAUCAUGGGCUGGCUACGCUGCUGCAGCAGCCUAGUCCGGUCAUUCAGCGUGGUAAUCGCCGUAUGUCCGAACGCGAUUUGACGCGGAUGGGCGGUGCCGAAUCGACCAAAUCUCUGGGUCCACUGAUAGCCAACAGUCAUCCGAAUCAUAGCCUUAGUCUUAGCCAACAUCUGAACAACAGCCACAACAACACCUUAGGCAAUAGCAACAAUAGUAGCAUUAUCAAUCCCCUAGCUGCACACCUGCCCAACAGUAAAUCGGUGCCGGCUCUGCAUCACCACACGGGAUCAGGUACCAUAUCUCUGGCCAAUUCCAAGUCACGCAGCACGCACAGCUUGCAUAACAAUACAUCUGGCAUAGUCGGAAUCGGCGGAGCAGCAGCAGGAGGAAUGCUGGGACAGCCGAAUGGCAGCCACAACAACGCAAAUGGAAAUGGCAACGGCAACGAGCAGGGGUUUUACCAGAAUCUCAGCGUGUAUCGGGCGCAAAAUCAGAGCCAACCGAUUUUAAACGAGAGACCCCCGAUCGCCGCACAUGCUGCUAUGAACGCCUACAAUGGCAGUUCCCCGCUUGCACCGCAGCAGCAACAGCAAUCGCCGUACCAGCAGCAGCAAAAUAUUCAAGCCAAUGCUAACCUCCCGCCCACGCGACCCGUCUCAGCCUAUUACCACAGUCAGCAGUCAACGCAGCAGCAGCUGCAGCAACAGCAAACACAACAACAACAACACUCCCUGCAGCAGCAGCAGUUCGCACUCAGCAGCAGCAACCUCAAUGGCCAGCAGCAACAGCACCAGCUUACCUUGAACAACCGCACCAAGAGCCAGCAGAAUUUCCAGCACACUCUUCGCAUGCAGCAGAUGAUGGCUCCAUCCAUGCCGAACAUCAGCAACAUGUACCAUCACCAGCAGCAACAACAGCAACCGCUGCCACUGCAGCAACAGCAGCAGCAACCUCUAAUGAGCAGCAGUCAGAGCAUGCAGAAUGUCAACGAUUUCGCAGGAGGCUAUCAGAAUGGCAGUCUGGAGUACAGGCGCAGUCAGCUUCAUGAUCCAUCCACGCUCUACGAAAUUCAGCAGCAACAGGCUUCACCGAAUUUUAUAGCCCUGCCCCCGAAACCAUUGGGUAGCUUACAGUCUCCCAAUAAACCAAAUGUUCCACCAAGUACAGCACCAAAACCACAGCAGCAACAGCAGCGAUAUCUAGGACAAUCCCUACAGGCAGAGGACAAACCUCCUCUACCGCCCAACGCAACACAUCCGCUAUUCAAAGCUACGCAGCAGAUUGGUCCGGGAAUGAAUUACGUAGCCAGUACAUUGGAUCCGCCAAAGGGCAGCUAUGUGGCGUCUUAUCAAGCGAACAACCGUCCUCUUCACAGCGGUAGCAAUCCAUGGGAAAGAGAGGAGCGUGAAAAGGAUCUAGAGAUGCGGCGCGAACACAUUCGCCAGUGGCGGGAGCAGCAGAUAUCAGAGCUUUCCCAAAUUAUAUCCCGUUCAACUAUGCAAGAGGAACAACUAAAAACCCUGAUCCUCGAGCGCGAUUUUGAACGAAGAGCACAAGAACUACAAGAGCAAGAGGAACAGGAUCAGGAACAGCAGUACGACAAGGAGAACGUCCAAGAGUUGAUCAGACUGUCUGGUGGCGGUCAGGUGAGUGCCAUACAAACACCCAUUACUAGUUACCGACAAACGGAUAUAAAACUGGCGGAGAUGACGGACAGCAGCAGUCUGUUGGACUCAAUGCCACCACAACCACCAGCACCAACUGCUCAGUCGCUGAGCAGCAACACCCAGCAGCCGAAGAGCAUACUUAAGCAUAAUCGGUAUUCCGAAGGAGGGGUUGGUCCCUCGGCACCCUCGUCGCCAUCGAAGUCACAGAAAUCCGCAAGUUUUGCGGACGAACGACAUCUGCACACUGAGCAUCCGAUAUCCAAUCUGGCAAAAGAGCUUAAUCAGCUCACAUUGCUUGAUAAAGAUAAUAACAAUGAGACUCUGGAUGCUGUUGUGCCUCCACCUCCUCCACCAGAAAGGAACAGCUCUUAUUUAAUCAUGUCACAGCAGAAACUGCGGGGCAGCACUGGAAGCGUAACCUCGUCCAUGAGCCUACUAAAAACAGCCACUAGCAAUCAGGCCGCAACUACCGUGGAAAUUAAGACAUCUCUUAUGAACACCCAAACCAAUAAAAACAAUAAUUUGAGUGGCAGCUUAAACAACAACAACAUACAAGGAUCACCACUCAGCGCCAUGGAACUGAAUGCCGCCUAUGUUUCGGCCACGGGAACAGGAACAAUUGGAGGAUUGGGGACACCACUUCCUCCGCCACCGUUGAUGCAAAGGGACAACAAACGGGUGAGCUUCCAUGAUGAAGAUAAUAAUUUUGUGAGCGGGAAUAGCCAGCAACAACAGCUGCAGCAGCAAUAUAUCAUCGAAAGUUAUGGUAUAGAGCAUCACGAUUUGGACACCAUCAGAGAAGAUACAAGUUAUCUACAACACAAUCUCGAUGCCUCCAUGCUGCCAUCAAUGCCAGCCACUCCAGAUGCUGCCCUCUGGAACACCUCAGUGCAAUCCACUCCAGGCGUUAUUGGAGCUCAAGAAGUGUAUAGAGAUCCUCGUACGCGUCGACUGGCGGAGAAACAGCAGCAGCAACAGCAACAACGUGCUGGAGAUGCGGUGCCCGAGAAGCUAUCGUUCAAGGAGAAGAUGAAAAUGUUCGCCCUGGAGUCGGGGGAAGAUAACACGCCCAAGGACAAACUGAAAAUAUCGCGAGCCCAACGAGAUAUAGACGCGGUGCACUAAGCAAAAGAGAUUGUUGCCUAAUGCUAUGUAUAUACAUAUCCAAACCCACAAAGCUUACACUUCAUUAUAUUGGGGGCCAAGUUGUUACGUUAGCUCUACAUAACACAACACACAUAUGGACACACAUAUAGGUAAUGUUACAUAUGUCGGAACACUUUAGAAAAAAACAAACCUAACGAAUUUGCUAAGCAAGGCAAUACCAAUCCAUGGUAACUGAUUUCAAUUAUUAAGAAAUGUCAGUUUAUAUCCUUAUAGUCUAUAUAAACUAUGUUUAUAUAUACAAAACUUUAACGAGCCUAGACAGGGCAACAAAAGCAAAGCGAGCCACAUUUGUAAAGCGUUUUAAACAAGUAACUUUAAAUUUAACCUUACGAUAAACAAUUUGUUACAUCAGACUACAGCAUAAAAUUUAUGAUUAAACGGCAGUGUAAAUGAGCAAAGUUAGUUUAGAUAUUCAUAUACUUACCUGGGAACCGUGCGGAACAAGAAACGUUAUAUAGAUAUAUAUAAACUUUAUCCAUUAGACAACUUAAAGCUACAACAACGGUAAAACAAAUGGUCCAAUUAUUCAAUUAUUAAAAUUAUAUUUACAAACCAAGAA